GCCUCCUGGAGAGACCUCCACGGACGUAAAUAUCUGGAACUAGCGUUUAAGUCUAUGGGCAGAACUAAUGCUCCGCACUCCCAAUUAAUAAUCGCAUUGAACCGAUUUUUAUGGCUGAUAUCGCCUUCGAAUGUCCGUUCCUGGGCCGCGGACCCGGAAUAAGGGUUGUCCUGCUUUCGAUUGGACCGUUGGCCAUGACUUCAGUAUUUAACCCCUAUGGCGAAAUCGACAGAGGCACAAGACGUUGAUUCUUCCUCCCAUGUCCAUUGAGGCACAGCCCGCGCAACUUACAGAGAACGGCGUCUCCUCCAUCCAUGAAGAGCAUAGGACAUCCUCGCCUUCCUCCUGUGACAGGAUGAUUGAACUGGACGUCGAGAAGCAACCGCCAGAGGAUUUGCUCGCAGACCCUUAUAUGUUAAGGUCGGCCAUGAAGUCUGCGUCUGAGUUGGAGGCCCUUCGGAAGAGGGGGAAGAAUGGGAAAGGAAUCGGAGCGUAUCACUCGAGGCAGAAUUCGCUCAUCGACAAUCUUCUGAAACCUAUCGAUGAGCAUUCCGAGGAUGCUAGGAUGGCUGAAGAAGCCGCGCGUCUUCCCAUUCAGAUCGCUGUUUAUGGAAGUUUGUUUGUAAACGUUAUGAUUUGCGUGCUUCAAGUGUAUGCGGCUGCCACAUCCUCAUCGUUAUCUCUGCUCGCGGCGGCAAUUGAGUCGAUUUUCGAUGUCGGUUCAAUCUUGGUGCUGAAGUACUUCCACUACAAGGCCUCCCGUCUUGACGUCGACAAGUGGCCCGUGGGAGGGAGUCGGCUAGAGACCAUUGGAAACAUUGCAUAUGGCGCAUUAAUGGGUUGUGUUAGCUUGGUAGUCGCUGUGGAAUCUAUGCGCACCAUUUUUUCCCAUAGAGACGAUCAGCUGAAUGGAUUUCACCAGCCAUCCAUUAUUGCCGCGGGUGCUGGCUUGGUUACCAAGCUAUGCCUGCUACUCUACUGCUUCCCUCUUCGUAAGUCGUCUAGCCAAGUUGAUGUCUUGUGGCAGGAACACCGCAACGAUUCUUGCAUUAGCGGCUUCGGCCUACUUAUGUCUGCUGGCGGCAGUAAACUGCGUUGGUGGCUUGAUCCCGUUGGAGGCCUCAUCAUUUCCAGUUCUAUUGUCCUCUCCUGGUGUAAGAGGGUUUCCACGGAGUUCGGACUCUUGGCAGGAAAAUCUGCCUCGCACGAAUUCAUCCAAUUGGUCACCUACAAGGUCGCCACCUUCUCAGACGAAAUCGAGAAAAUAGAGACGGUCAGAGUAUAUCACAGUGGUCCUGGUUAUUUCGUUGAAGUGGACAUCGCUAUGUCAAGAGAGACGCCUCUUUGGAAAGCGCAUGAUAUAUCGCAAUUGCUUCAGGACAAACUGGAAGUCCUGCCUGAGGUGGAGAGAGCAUUCGUGCAUGUCGAUCAUGAGACCACACGCUCCAUGGCACACCACCGCAAGAUCCCUCUGUGACAAUUCAACGAUGAACCGCCCCUCGCGACCUCGAUAGUUUUGCAUUUCAGGAUCGAUCCUGUGAGACUACAAUCUCUCGACAGUCCACACUAGCUUAAUACGCAGAA